AUCGUGGCUGGAGGUCAUAUAAAUCGGCGAGUGCAUUCGGAGAGAUCUCCAAGUUCUGUGUGUGUGUGUGUGUGUGUUUGAAUGAACAUGUUCUGAGUGUCUAUACCCUGGUGUGCUGGAUUUACAGCAAGAGGCAACCAGCCGCGAGAAAAGAAAAGGCCAAUAUAUCGCUUUGUGCUUGCGUGAUUCAAGCAUUGAGGCGCUUACUGUAAGCUAAUUCGUGAUCGUCAUGGAGCUGGAUUCGAUGACUAAAGGCAAAUUAUCUAACAAGGAGAUGCCAGAGAUUAGAACGAUCUACAAAGCGUUCGACUUCGCCACAUCUUUUGCUCUCAAAUCAACUAUGACCAUGGGGAUUCCUGACGUCUUAGCCAGGUCGAAGGAGCCAAUGACGGCUGACAACAUCGUCGAAAAGCUUCCUUGCAAGAAUCCAGCUGCCGCUGCUGGUUAUCUGGAUAGAAUAAUGGAUAUCCUGAUUGUUCCAGGAUUCUACAGCAAAACUCCAGUUUCGAAUGCAGAUGGAAAGUCCCAUAAAGCUGCAUACGGGCUGACUCCCGUGUCGAGAAUGCUCGUCAAGGAUGAUGUUGAGUUCACGUUGCUGCCCAUAGCUCUGCUGCACGUGCAUCGAGUCUUCACAGACAGUUUCCAGCAUCUGCAUAAGAGUGUGUUGGAAGAUCGAGCGCCGAUGGAGGUUGCGCUGGGAAAACCGUUUUACGAAUACUUUGCAGAAAAUCAGGAAUUGCGGUCUACAUUCCAAGAAGCCUUGAGCUGCCACUCAAACUAUUGGAUCAAAAUUAUUGCGCAAGAGUACGAUGGGUUUGAUCAUACGAAGACUUUGGUGGAUGUUGGUGGCUGUGACGGUGAAUCUCUCAAAGAGCUGGUUGCAGUUCACCCACAUAUCCAUGGCAUCAACUUCGAUCUGCCAGCUGUGAUUCAAAAUGCUCCUCAGAUACCAGGAGUAGACCACGUAGGUGGUGAUUACUUUGCGUCUGUACCUGCUGGUGAUACCAUCUUUUUGAAGUUGGUACUCCACAACAAUGGCGACGAGGAGUGCUUAAAGAUCUUGAAGAAUUGCUACCAAGCUUUACCAGAACGAGGGGGCAAAGUCGUUAUAGGCGAGAGUGUGUACGACCAUGACAGCAAAGAAGAUGAGGCCCAAUUUGUCAAGCAUCUUGACGUGAUGAUGCUCUCUGUUUUCCUAAAUGGUCGGGAGAGAUCUUUCGACGCCUACAAGGCCUUGUUGACUUCUUGUGGUUUUGGCGAUUGCAAAUUGAUAAAGCUUUCUGGCAGCGUUGCUCUCAUAGAAGCAUAUAAGUAUUGAAUGUGAAAGCACUCUCAAACGUAGAGACCAACAGGUACGAUACACAGCUCUUUCAAUAGGUAAGGAAGAUCACAACUUCUCAUUGCAAGACUUGAUAAGUGCAUUCAGAGUCUGAGUGCCAAGAUAUAAUAGAUCUAGAGCCCGAGGCCGGUGACGGAAAAUUGCAAAUACGAAGUCAUUCCUUCGGUAACGAAAAUGACAUGCAGUCACUCCCGUCAGCAGCGUCAUGCAUAUCAAGAUCCAACUGUUAUUUUCGAAUUUAGAGCUUUUGUUUUUAAUGGAUACCACGAGGUGAUUCAAACCAUAUCAACUCUCAACUCAGGAGUUCCACAUCAGAAUAAGUUUCCAUUUCUGCAUGUAGUGAUAUAGUCAAGAGAUGCAAGAACAGAAAUUCAGUACUGCAAGUGAUGAGUAUGGUGUUGACCACC